AGAUUUAAUCCUUUCCAAUUGGCCCAACAUGGCAGACAGUGCGUCAAAAAAGCUGCCAACGGCUCCAGAAUCUCUUCUGAAGAAGAGGAAGAACAGACAAACUGAGAAGGCCAAGAGGGCACAGGCCCGCCUCCUUGCCAAGAAGGAGAAUGCCAAGAAGAGGCGCGUGAUCUUCAAGCGUGCGGAGGACUACAUCAGGGAGUACAAGAAGCGUGAACGUGACACUGUCCGUCUCCACCGUCAGGCUCGCAAGCAUGGCAACUUCUACGUCGAAGAUGAACCUAGACUAGCGUUUGUCAUCAGGAUCAGGGGUAUCAACGGCGUGAGCCCCCGUGUCCGUAAGGUCCUUCAGCUGCUUCGUCUGCGACAGAUCCACAAUGGAGUCUUUGUCCGUCUCAACAAGGCUACCCUGCAGAUGCUGAGGUUGGUCGAGCCCUACAUUGCCUGGGGGUACCCCAAUCUGAAGUCAGUCCGUGAGCUGAUCUACAAGCGAGGAUUCGCCAAGAUUAAGAACGGCAGCCGCAUCCCUAUGACUGACAACGCUAUCAUUGAGGGUGCUCUUGGCAAGUUCGGCAUCAUCUGUGUGGAGGAUCUGAUCCAUGAGAUCUUCACCACUGGCGAAAACUUCAAGCAGGCCUCCAACUUCCUCUGGCCCUUCAAACUCAGCUCACCCCGCAACGGCUACCGCAAGAAGGGCAACCACUUCGUCGAGGGUGGUGACUACGGCAACCGCGAGAAGUUCAUCAACGACUUCAUCAGGAGGAUGAACUAGAUGAACUAGAUGAACUAGCAAGCCACACACACAAAAACAAUAGGCCAAAAAAAAAAUUAUGAAUAAAGUACAUUGUCACAUGCAAUGAA